AUGAGCCAAUCAGCCAAAAAUGAGAAUCCGAUUCGGUUAUGGGGCGGCAGAUUCACAGGAGAGAUAGACCCGUUGAUGAACCAAUACAACGAGAGCUUGUCCGUCGAUCGAGUAUUUUAUGCCCAGGACAUCAAAGGCUCAAUAGCUUACGCCAGGGCAAAUGUUAAGACCGGCAUACUCACCCAGAAGGAGUUCGAGAAGCUUGAAGAAGGUCUCAAGGUAGUUCUCAAAGAGUGGGAAGAGGGCAAGUUCCAGCCAGCCCCUGGAGAUGAAGACAUUCACACAGCAAAUGAGCGCCGGCUAGGCGAAGUGAUCGGGAGAGACGUAGCAGGCAAGCUCCACACAGGCCGCAGCCGCAACGACCAAGUUGCGACGGACAUGCGCAUGUGGCUCCGUGAUGAAUUAAUUGCCAUCGAGGGAUACCUGGUCGAUCUGCUCAAGGUCAUCGCCCACCGUGCCAAGCAGGAUAUAGACUACAUCAUGCCGAGCUACACGCAUCUCCAACGGGCGCAGCCCGUCCGAUGGAGCCAAUGGCUCCUCAGCCAUGCCACAGCUUUCCAAUCAGAUCUCGAGCGCCUAAGAUUCACGAAGAAAAACAUCAACAAGCUCCCUCUCGGCUGCGGUGCUGUUGCCGGAAAUGCCUUCGGUAUCGACAGGGUGCAGCUGGCGACAGAACUAGGUUUCGACGGCCUCAUCAUGAACAGCAUGUCUGCAGUCGGUGAUCGUGACUUCGUCGUCGAGGUUCUACAAUGUGCGUCCACCAUCGGCAGCCAUCUCUCGCGCUGGUCGGAGGACCUUAUCAUCUACAGCUCCUCUGAGUUCGGCUACGUGAAGCUGGCCGAUGCGUACACGACCGGGAGCUCCUUGAUGCCGCAGAAGAAGAACAGCGACUCCCUUGAGCUCCUGCGUGGCAAGUCCGGCAGGAUAUUCGGGUCAAUGGCCGGCCUGAUGAUGAGCAUCAAGGGGAUCCCGUCCACCUACAAUAAGGACCUUCAGGAGAGCUUGCAGCCCAUGUUAGAUACCAUCAAGACCUUGAAGGACGGCCUGCAGAUUGCAGCGAGGUCGCUGGCUACGGCGACGGUCUAUCCGGAGAAGAUGCGCGCCGCACUGAGCCCAGAUAUGCUGGCAACCGAUCUUGCUGAGUAUCUAGUUAGGAAAGGGGUACCAUUCCGCGAGACGCACCAUCUCGCAGGCCGAAUGGUCGCACUUGCGGAAGAUGAGAACAAGGGCAUGGACAAACUGACCGUCGCGCAAUUUCAAGGCGUUGACAAGAGGUUCGGCGAUGAUGUGCUCAGCGUAUUCGAUUACGAGCGCUCGGUCGAGCUGAAAGAUGCCACCGGUGGGACGAGUCGGCGUGCCGUUCUGGAACAACUGGACGCUUUAACGAAAACACUUGGGGAAUGA